GUUACUGUGUUAGAGGCGCCCUCGCCCGGCCGCUGCGGGUACUGCAGCCCUGAACAAGUGCACCACGUGACUUAGAAGAAAGUGAGUGAUGGGUAGAGUACCGGUAAGAGCUGUGAGCGGCAGGCCGCUGGUCCACUGCUCCGGAUGAGCUCCGGGAGGAGAGAUGCGCUGAGUUGAGGAGCAGCUGCUGUUUUCUGUGUGAGAAGUGUUACUGCCAUGUCCUCUGCUCCAGACUACUGCCCCCCCAGCCAUGCACCAUCCGCGCGCUCGUGCCUCCGGAGCGAGAGCUCUGAUGAUGAUGAGAGGAGGCUGAAGAGAAGAGAGAAGAACCGAGUGGCGGCGCAGAGGAGUCGUAAAAGACAGACCCAGAGAGCUGAUGAGCUGCACGAGGCGUAUGAGUGCUUGGAGCAGCAGAACAGCUUGCUUAAGAAGGAGGUUCAGCUGUUGCUUGAGGAACAGAAAUGUCUGUCAGAGGCCCUCCAGUCCCAUGAGCCCCUGUGCCCUAUUCUAAACAGCAGUGCUCUUCCAGCAGCUAGGACCAAUGAUGCAAUUCCUCCCUGAGUUUACAAACAAAUUACUGAUGGUAUUUACUGUAUUCAUUCUCAAAAUGUUUUUUUGUAAUUUAAGUUUGUAUUAAAUGUGUUAAUGUUGUGCCUUUUUGAUGUGUUGCUGCUUGAAAAUGAGUGUUGCAGUUUGACACGUAUCAAAAUAUUCUCUAGAAGUUUUUGUUUCUAGAAAAGCGUGUUCAAUAACAAGAUUUCAGUUUCAUUUUUAUGCUGUGGGAACAUCAUUGUGUCAGAUAGUAUUCCAGCUCACGUGAAAUAAAUUAUUACUUCAGGACUGUAUUUCACUAUGUAACCGCAAACCAGUCUAUUUGGUGCACCGCUGUAGUUUAAGUGCCACAAGAAGGAACACUUCUGCUUUACUGAAAGUGCUUGACCAAAAUAUCCUUUCUUUGUUUCAGGAUGUCAUGCUCUACUAUUAACCAUGUUCACUAGUUCUUCAUUAUAUAUGUGACAGUUACUUGUGAAUAGAAUGUACAGAAUUUUUUUAAUUAAUUAUUUUUUUCACAUGCUUGUGAUGUGCAGUGUGUUUGCCCUCAUGUGAAUCUAUUUUUACAGAUACUUGAAUUUUAAAGUGGUUGUAUUUUUCAAGAAGAAUUCCCAAAUUUUAUGUCAUUGAGGUCUAAAUAAAGUUAUUCAGAGUUG